AUGCUACAAUAUUUCAUCUUUUGUUUUCUCGGAUUGGUGGUACAGAGUUUCUGCUCCCCGGCCGAAGCCACAGGGCAGGCCAAAAGAUGUGAUAAGAAGUCUCUUCUAACAAUUAGGACUGAGUGCCAAUCCUGCUCACUCAACUUUGGAGUCAAGUGUCCAGAUGGUUACACCAAGAUUACCAAUGGCUCUGUAGGGGUUCGAGAUUGCAGGUACACUUUUGAGGUGAGAACUUACUCUCUGUCACUCCCUGGAUGCCGCCAUAUUUGUAGGAAAGACUAUCUUCAACCUCAGUGUUGUCCAGGUCACUGGGGCCCAGACUGCAUGGAGUGCCCAGGAGGAGCAGGGUCUCCCUGCAGUGGCAGAGGCAGUUGUGCCGAAGGCAUGGAAGGAAACGGAAGCUGCUCCUGCCAAGAAGGAUUUGGUGGAACGGCCUGUGAAACCUGUGCUGAUGACAACUUAUUUGGACCCAGCUGUUCAGAAGGGUGCAGCUGUGUGCACGGGGUGUGCAACAGUGGGGUCGAUGGCGAUGGAACCUGUGAGUGCCACUCCGCCUACACUGGGCCCAGCUGUGACCAACCCAUCCCUGAGUGUGCAGCCUUGCUCUGCCCAGAAAAUUCCAGAUGCUCACCUUCCAGCGAAGACGAAACCAAACUAGAAUGCAAAUGCCUUCCCAAUUACAGAGGCGAUGGCCAAUACUGCGAGCCCAUCAAUCCAUGUUUACAAAAAAUCUGCCACCUCCACGCCCAUUGCACGUACCUGGGACCAAAUCGACACAGUUGUACAUGCCAAGAAGGCUACAGCGGGGAUGGCCAAGUAUGCCUGCCGGUAGACCCCUGCCAAAUUAACUUUGGAAACUGCCCUACAAAUUCUACAGUGUGUAAAUAUGACGGGCCUGGACAGUCUCACUGUGAAUGUAAGGAACAUUACCACAAUUUUGUACCUGGAGUGGGGUGUAGUAUGACCAAUAUCUGUGAAUCAAAUAACCCAUGUCAUAGGAAUGCAAACUGUACCACCAUCACACCAGGCCAAACCAAAUGCACUUGCCAGAAAGGUUACGUGGGCGAUGGUUCAACCUGUUAUGGAAACAUCAUGGAGCGACUCAGAGAAUUAAACACUGAACCCAGAGGGAAAUGGCAAGGAAGGCUGACCUCUUUCAUCUCACUCCUGGACAAAGCUUAUGCCUGGCCACUGAGCAACCUGGGACCAUUCACUGUGCUGCUGCCCACAGACAAGGGACUGAAAGGGUACAAUGUAAAAGAGCUUUUGGUGGAUAAUGAAGCUGCUCGAUACUUUGUGAAACUCCACAUCAUUGCAGGGCAGAUGAAUACCGAGUGUAUGAACAACACAGACACAUUCUAUACCUUGACUGGGAAGUCGGGGGAAAUCUUCAACGGUGAUAAGGGCGAUCAACUAAAGCUUAAACUUUAUGGGGGCAAAAAGAAAGUAAAGAUUAUGCAGGGGAACAUAAUUGCUUCCAACGGGCUCCUGCACAUCCUCGACAGAGCCAUGGACAACAUAGCACCCACAUUUCAGAGCAACACUGAGCAAACCAUAAUGACAAUGCUACAACCAAGAUACAGCAAGUUCAGAUCUUUGAUAGAGGAAACCAAUGUGGGACGUGCCUUAGAUGAGGACGGGGUUGGUGGGCCAUACACCGUUUUUGUCCCAAGUAAUGAAGCAUUGGACAGCAUGAAGGAUGGCAUUCUCGAUUACCUCCUUUCUCCAGAGGGAUCUCGGAAGCUUCUGGAACUCGUCAGAUACCACAUUGUCCCAUUUACCCAGCUGGAAGUGGCCACUCUUAUUUCGGCCCCUGCCAUCAGGAGCACGGCCAACCAGAUCAUCCAGUUUAACACAACCAGCAGUGGACAGAUUCUGGCAAAUGAUGUGGCAAUGGAAGAAAUUGAGGUCAUUGCCAAAAACGGCCGAAUUUACACACUGACCGGAGUCCUCAUUCCUCCUUCCAUUGUGCCAAUUCUGCCCCAUCGAUGUGACGAAACAAAGAGAGAACUGAAACUGGGCACCUGCGUGAGCUGUUCCGUAGUGUAUUGGAGCAAAUGCCCUGCUGACUCUGAGCCCACAGCACUCUUCACACACAAAUGUGUCUACACUGGCAGAAUAAGGAGCCUGAAGAGUGGCUGUGCCCGAUACUGCAAUGCCACUGUGCAGAUACCCAAGUGCUGCAAAGGCUUCUAUGGACCCGACUGCAACCAGUGUCCAGGAGGCUUCUCGAAUCCAUGCUCAGGAAAUGGACAGUGUGCAGAUGGCCUCAGUGGCAACGGGACAUGCAUUUGCAAGGAUGGCUUCCAAGGCUCCCGGUGUCAGUUCUGCUCUGAUCCCAAUACAUAUGGACCUCGGUGUGACAAAAAAUGUCUGUGUGUUCAUGGAACAUGCGACAACAGGAUAGACAGUGACGGGGCCUGCCUUGCAGGCACAUGCAGAGACAGGUCUGCUGGGAGACUCUGUGACAAGCAGACUUCAGCCUGUGGGCCUUACAUCCAGUUCUGUCACAUCCACGCCACCUGUGAAUACAGCAAUGGGACAGCCAGCUGUGUUUGCAAAGCAGGAUAUGAAGGGGAUGGAAUUCUCUGUUCCGAGAUGGACCCUUGUGUGGGAUUAAUCCCAGGAGGCUGUAACCGCAAUGCAGAAUGCAUCAGAGCUGGCGUGGGGACGCACUCCUGCGUGUGCCAGCAGGGGUGGACAGGGAACGGGAGAGACUGCGUGGAGGUCAACAACUGCCUGCUGCCCAGUGCUGGCGGCUGCCACGACAAUGCGACCUGUUUGUACGUGGGUCCCGGACAGAAUGAGUGCGAGUGCAAGAAAGGAUUUCGAGGAAAUGGGAUUGACUGUGAACCAAUAACUUCAUGCUUGGAACAAACUGGGAAAUGUCAUCCAUUGGCAACCUGUCAGUUUACUUCUUCUGGUGUCUGGAACUGUGUUUGUCAGGAGGGCUAUGACGGAGACGGCCUUCUUUGCUAUGGAAAUGCAGCAGUGGAAUUGUCAUUUCUCUCCGAAGCAGCUAUAUUUAACCAGUGGAUAAAUAAUGCUUCUUUACAACCCAUGCUGUCAGCUGCCUCAAACCUCACCAUCCUCGUGCCCUCCCAACAAGCUAUUGCAGACCUGGACCAAGAUGAGAAAACCUUUUGGUUGUCACAGAGCAAUAUUCCAGCCCUAAUAAAAUACCAUACGUUACUAGGCACAUACGGAGUGGCAGAUCUGCAGACCCUGUCAUCUUCUGACAUGCUGGCAACAUCUUUGCAGGGCAACUUCCUUCAUCUGGCUAAGGUGGAUGGGAAUAUCACAAUUGAAGGAGCGUCCAUCGUCGAUGGUGACAACGCAGCCACGAAUGGAGUGAUACACAUCAUCGACAAGGUGCUCGUCCCCCAAAGAGGUCUAACUGGCUCCUUACCAAACCUGCUCACCCGGCUGGAGCAGAUGCCCAACUAUUCCAUCUUCCGGGGCUACAUCAUUCAAUAUAAUCUGGCGAGUGCAAUCGAGGCUGCCGAUGCUUACACAGUGUUUGCCCCAAGCAACGACGCCAUUGAGAAUUACAUCAGGGAGAAGAAGGUCACAUCUCUAGAGGAGGACAUACUCCAGUAUCACGUGGUCCUGGAAGAGAAACUCCUGAAGAAUGACCUGCACAAUGGCAUGCACCGGGAGACCAUGCUGGGCUUCUCCUACCUCCUCGGCUUCUUUCUCCACGAUGACCAGCUCUAUGUAAAUGAGGCUCCAAUAAACUACACCAAUGUAGCCACUGACAAGGGAGUAAUCCAUGGCUUGGGGAAAGUUCUGGAAAUUCUGAAGAAUAGAUGCGAUAGUAAUGACACUACUAUUGUACGAGGAACGUGUGGCAAGUGUCCCCAGACGCCAAUCUGCCCAUUCGGAACUAAACCAUUAAGUAAUGAGACAAAGAAAUGUAUCUAUACCCUCUAUUUCAUGGGAAAGAGAUCCCUGUUCAUUGGGUGCCAACCAAAAUGUGUGAAAACCAUCAUUAAGAGGGAAUGCUGUGCUGGCUUCUUUGGACCCCAGUGCCAGCCCUGCCCAGGGAAAGCCCAGGCUGUCUGCUUUGGCAAUGGGAUCUGUUUGGAUGGAGCUAAUGGCACAGGCGUGUGUGAGUGUGAAAAGGGCUUCAGCGGGACAGCCUGCGAGACCUGCACUGAGGACAAGUAUGGCAUCCACUGUGACCAAGCAUGUUCUUGUGUCCAUGGGCGAUGCAACCAAGGACUCUCAGGUGAUGGCUCCUGUGAAUGUGACGUUGGCUGGCGAGGAGUGAAAUGCGACACUGAGAUCACAAAAGACGACUGCAAUGGGACAUGCCACACCAGCGCCAACUGCCUUCUCAAUCCGAAUGGCACCGCCUUGUGCAAAUGUGCAGCAGGAUUCCAAGGGAAUGGGACAGUCUGCAGAGCGAUUAACGCCUGUGAGAUCAGCAAUGGAGGCUGCUCUGCCAAGGCCUACUGUAAAAUAACCACCCCAGGAAGCCGGGUGUGUGCAUGCAAGGAGGGCUAUACGGGUGAUGGCAUCGUGUGCCUGGAAAUCAACCCGUGUUUGGAGAACCACGGUGGCUGUGACAAGAAUGCAGAGUGCACGCAGACAGGACCCAACCAGGCCGUCUGUAACUGUUUGCCAGCCUACACUGGAGAUGGGAAGGUCUGCACGCGCAUCGACGUCUGCUUAACCAAAAAUGGCGGCUGUAGUGAAUUUGCUGUCUGCAAUCACACUGGACAGGAAGAAAGGACUUGUACCUGCAAGCCAAAGUACAUCGGAGAUGGGUUCACCUGCCGUGGCAACAUCUACCAGGAGCUUCCCAGAAACCCAAAAACUUCCCAGUAUUUCUUCCAGUUGCAGGAGCAUUCCAUGAAAGAACUGGUGGGCCCAGGCCCCUUCACCGUGUUUGCACCUUUAUCUGCAGCCUUCGAUGAGGAAGCUCGGGUUAAAGACUGGGCCAAACAGGGCCUCAUGCCCCAGGUUCUUCGGUAUCACGUGAUCGCCUGCCACCAGCUGCUUCUGGAAAACCUGAAAUUAACCCCAAAUGUUACUUCCCUCCAAGGGGAGCCAAUUGUCAUCUCCGUCUCUCAGGACACUGUGUAUAUAAAUAACAAAGCUAAGAUCAUAUCCAGUGAUAUUAUCAGUACUAAUGGGGUCAUCCAUAUCGUAGACAAAUUGCUGUCUCCACAAAACUUGCUGAUCACCCCCAAAGAUGCCUCUGGAAGGAUUCUGCAAAAUCUUACGACAGUGGCAGUAAACCAUGGCUACAUCAAAUUUAGCAACUUAAUACAGGACUCGGGCUUGAUGAGUGUCAUCAGUGAUCCUAUCCACACCCCGGUCACUCUCUUCUGGCCCACGGACCAAGCCCUCCAAGCCCUACCACCUGACCAACAAGAUUUCCUGUUCAAUCGAGACAACAAGGACAAGCUGAAGGAGUAUUUGAAGUUCCACGUGAUCCGAGACGCCAAGGUUUUAGCUGUGGAUCUCCCCAGAUCUGUUGCCUGGAAGACCCUGCAAGGUUCAGAGCUGAGUGUGAAGUGUGGAGCUGGCGGUGACAUUGGCGAGCUCUUUCUAAAUGGCCAAACGUGCAGAAUUGUGGAGCGGGAGCUGUUGUUUGACCUGGGCAUAGCCUAUGGCAUUGACUGUCUGCUGAUUGAUCCCACCCUGGGGGGCCGCUGUGACACUUUCACUACUUUCAGUGUCUCGGGGGAUUGUGGGAGCUGUGUCAAUACUCCCAGCUGCCCAAGGUGGAGUAAACCAAAGGGUAUGAAGCAGACGUGUCUCUACAACCUGCCCUUCAGGAGGAGCGUGCAAGGCUGCCGGCAGCAGUGCGUCCUGGUGAUACAGCUCCCCAGGUGCUGCAAGGGCUACUUCGGGAGAGACUGCCAGGCCUGCCCUGGAGGACCGGAUACCCCGUGUAAUAACCGGGGUGUCUGCCUGGAUCAGUACUCAUCCACAGGAGAGUGUAGAUGCAACGUUGGCUUCAAUGGGACGGCGUGUGAGCUGUGCUGGCCGGGGAGAUUUGGACCUGAUUGUCAGCCCUGUGGCUGCUCAGACCAUGGACAGUGUGACGAUGGAAUCACGGGCUCCGGGCAGUGCCUCUGCGAAACGGGGUGGACAGGCCGCUUUUGUGACAUUCAAGCAGUUUUGCCCCCAGAGUGCACACCUCCUUGUUCUGCUCAUGCCACCUGUAAGGAGAACAACACAUGUGAGUGUAACCUGAACUAUGAAGGUGACGGAAUAACCUGCACAGUUGUGGAUUUCUGCAAACAGGACAACGGGGGCUGUGCGAAGGUCGCCAAGUGCUCCCAGACGGGCACAAAAGUUUCCUGCAGCUGCUGGAAGGGCUACAAAGGGGACGGUCACAGCUGCACAGAGAUAGACCCAUGUGCGAAUGGCCUCAAUGGGGGGUGCCAUGAGCAUGCCACCUGCAAGAUGACUGGCCCGGGCAAGCACAAGUGUGAAUGUAAGAGUCACUACGUGGGAGACGGGCUGGACUGUGAGCCGGAGCAGCUGCCCAUUGACCGCUGCUUACAAGACAAUGGGCAGUGCCACGCAGACGCCAUCUGUGCCGACCUCCACUUCCAGGACACCACUGUUGGGGUCUUCCAUCUACGCUCCCCACUGGGCCAGUACAAGCUGACCUUUGACAAAGCCAGAGAGGCCUGUGCCAACGAAGCUGCAGCCAUGGCCACCUACAACCAGCUCUCCUAUGCACAGAAGGCCAAGUACCACCUGUGUUCAGCAGGCUGGCUGGAGAGUGGGCGGGUUGCCUACCCCACAGCCUACACCUCUAAGAACUGUGGCUCUGGUGUCGUUGGGAUAGUGGACUAUGGACCUAGACCCAACAAGAGUGAAAUGUGGGAUGUCUUCUGCUACCGGAUCAAAGAUGUGAACUGCACCUGCAAGGUGGGCUACGUGGGAGAUGGCUUCUCGUGCAGCGGGAACCUGCUGCAGGUCCUGAUGUCCUUCCCCUCACUCACAAACUUCCUGAUGGAGGUGCUGGCCUAUUCCAACAGCUCCGCCAGAGGCCGUGCCUUCCUGAAACACCUGACCGACCUGUCCAUCCACAGCACCCUCUUUGUGCCACAGAACAGCGGGCUGGGGAACAACGAGACCUUGUCUGGGAGGGACAUCGAGCACCACCUCACCAAUGUCAGCACCUUUUUCUACAAUGACCUUGUCAACGGUACCAUCCUGCACACCAGGCUGGGAAGCCAGCUGCUCAUCACCUCCAGCCAGGACCAGCUGGAGACCAGGUUUGUUGAUGGAAGAGCCAUUCUGCAGUGGGACAUCUUUGCCUCCAAUGGGAUCAUUCAUAUCAUUUCCAGGCCUUUAAAAGCACCCCCAGGUCCAGUAGCUUCAAGGCACACUGGCUUGGGAACGGGUAUAUUCUUUGCCAUCAUCCUGACCACUGGAGCCAUUGCUCUGGCUGCCUACUCUUACUUUCGGCUAAACCGGAGAACAAUCGGCUUCCAGCAUUUUGAGUCAGAAGAGGAUAUUGAUGUUUCGGCUCUUGGCAAGCAGCAGCCUGAGAAUAUCUCGAACCCCAUGUAUGAGAGCACAACCUCAGCUCCCCCAGAACCUUCCUACGACCGCUUCAUGGACUCAGAUGAGCAGCAGCUCGAGAGCGAUGACCCCUUGGGGACACUGUGAGAGCCUGG